UUACCUGCAGAUAUGAAGCAGUUAUUGGUGACUUUCCUUUGUAUCCAGGCCACUUCUGCUGUUAUACACUCGUGGAAGGCAUUCUACACCGGCACCACUGGUCUGAGUCAGUUCCCCGAGUUUGUAGCUGUGAAUCUUGUGAAUGAUGAGCUGAUGGGGUACUUUGACAGCAAGACCAACAGAUUUGAAAGCAAGCAGAGCUGGAUGACUGAGAACCUGGGCCAGGAGUAUGACGAACAACAGACUAAUAUUCUUCUGGGCUAUGUACCAAGCUUCAGCAAUAACAUAAAAGUUGCAAUGCAGCGGUUUAAUCAGUCACAAGGUGUCCACAUUUUCCAGUACAUGUACGGCUGUGAGUGGGAUGCUGACACUGGAGAGGUUACUGGCUAUCAACAGUAUGGCUAUGAUGGGGAAGACUUUCUAACAUGGAACACAAACACCUGGGUUGCUCCAAAACAACAGGCUGUAAUUACUACAUACAAAUGGAACAAUAACAGAGCUGAGCUGGAGUACUAUAAGAACUACCUCAACCAACUGUGUCCUGAGUGGCUAAAGAAGUAUGUGAACUAUGGCAGGAGCUCUCUGAUGAGAACAGAUCGUCCCUCAGUGUCCUUCCUCCAGAAGUCUUCCUCCUCUCAGGUCAGCUGCUUUGCUACAGGUUUCUACCCCAGUAGAGCAGAAAUGUUCUGGAGGAAAGAUGGAGCAGAGAUCCAUGAUGGUGUGGAGAAAGGAGAGAUCCUCCCUAACAAUGAUGGAACCUUCCAGAUGAGCGUUGACCUGAACCUUCCAUCAUCUGAGGAUGGGACCAAAUAUGAAUGUGUGUUUCAGCUCUCUGGUGAUAACAGAGAUGUCGUCACUCCUCUGGACAAAACAAAGAUCAGAACUAAUGAAGGAUUCCCCAUUGGGAUGAUUAUUGGGGUUGUUAUUGCUGCACUUCUGGUUCUGGUUGCCAUCAUUGCUGGAGUCGUCUGGUGGAAGAAGAGAGAUAACGCUCUUAAUGGCCUUGCCCCUUGUUAUCUGUCUGAGCUGUUGCAUUCUUACACACCCUCUCGUUCCCUCAGACAAAGCAAAUAUCACAUCAUCAUCCUCAGCACCAGCACUGUUCCAAUUGCCUACAAAGACAAUAAGACCAAGAACGGACAAAAACCCCCAGAUGUUGUUCUCGUCCCGCCCUCUCUACCGAGCAUGCAUCAGAGCAGACCUGUGCGUUCUUUAGACUAA